AUGACUGAUGAGCGUUCUGCUCCCUUCUUUCCGAAUCUCUACAUAGCCGGAGACAAGGCAGGAGAAAAGCCGGCAUCGGUUCCAGAUGUACAUCUUCCUGGCCAGCUAGCCGUAUUCAGUGGACGAUCCGCUUUCAACCCGUUCACACAUGCGGUCGCCGCAACAUUCAACGAAGACCUUUCAGAUUCAUUUGGCACAGGAUUUGCCGUCAAUGGUGUUAACAAUUACAACCUACAAGUUCGUCGGAAUUUCGACCAGUACGCUGACGCACCCUUCGACCGAAAUGAUGGAUCGUAUCAGCCUUUUCUGACAGCCGGCGCCGUCGGAGCUGAGUAUGACCUCAGCAAAAUAACGGAAGUUGCAGGACAUCUCGAUCUGCCGAUACCUGGCGUGAACGAAUUGUUCGAUUUCGACGGACGAAUAAUGCUCAAAGGUGGUGGCAAUGGUAUUUUGAACAGCGCUAUGGAAUUCCCGCUAACAUUAUCCGAUCCGAACGAGCGUGCGCCAUACACCUUCAAGUAUCUGAAUUUCAUGGCUGAUCGACAUAUGCAGUAUGGACACGUCUUGCCAAAUGUGAACCUCUUCCUCGUUGGCAAGGACAAGAUCAUGAACCGGCUCACACAAAAUCGACUCAAUAGACUCAAUCCUACUAUGAUUGGUUAA